CAUGUGCAGCGGAGCCGAAGGUGGCUCCUGGCCGCUCGGCAAAGAUGCACCCGCCGUCACCGCCGCCGCGAUCGACCACUACAGGUUACAACUCUACAAUUACGCCGUCGCCGAAAGACUUCGGCUGUACCCACCGAGUGUAGCACCAUGCUACUCGCCGUACGGACCACGACUCGCCUUAUCUAUGUCCCUGCUCCAACAACGAGCGCUUCAGCCAGAAGAACCCAAACCACAACACAGUUAUAUCGGACUCAUUGCCAUGGCCAUCCUGAGCUCGCCGGAUCGGAAACUAGUGUUAUCUGACAUUUACCAACACAUCCUCGACAACUAUCCGUAUUUUCGAAGUCGCGGGCCCGGGUGGAGGAAUUCGAUAAGACACAAUUUGUCUCUGAACGACUGCUUCGUGAAAGCCGGGAGGUCGGCCAAUGGAAAAGGACAUUACUGGGCGAUACAUCCGGCCAACAUAGAAGAUUUUAGAAAAGGGGACUUCAGGAGGCGUAAAGCGCAAAGGAAAGUGAGGAAACAUAUGGGGUUAGCCGUGGACGACGACGGCGAGGAUUCUCCGUCACCGCCGCCUCAGUCGCCGCCACCGACAACAAUGCCGUUGCCUUUCUGGGGGACCGGAAGACUGCCGGGUGGCUGUCAGGCCCGCAAAAGGCAGUUUGACGUUGCAUCCUUACUGGCGCCUGACGACGCUCCAGAGAAACGUCGUCGAGACAGCAGCGGCGAAGAGGAGCACGAGGAGGACAUAGAUGUGGUAGCCAGUGAUCAGGAGGAGCGAGUGGGGGAGGAGGAGACGCGGGUGCUGGCGCCAGCCGCGCAGUACCCGCUGCUGGGCGGCUGGUGGCCGGCGCUGGACCCGGCGCUGCUGCAGCAGCUCCGGCGGCACACGCCCGCGCCCGCCUCGCUCAGCCCCGACGACACACAGCGACCCCUCGACACGUAGGCAGUGAUACGUGAUAAACUUGUGUUAAUGUGAAUACUAGUUUAUAGACUACGCUCAGUCGGCACUCAAUUAUGAUUACGAGUAGUCAAUGCCCAAGUGGCCCAGUGUAAAUAGGUAGCCUACUUACUUAAAAUUUCUUAUUUUUCUGUACGUAGAUUAUUUGUUCUUAUAUCCUUUCUCCGAAUUAAGUCUAUUUCUUAACCUAUUUUCGUAACAGUAAAAUUUUUGGCGGGUCUGAUAAUAUGAAAAAAAUGUAGUUCUCGUUUUCAUUGCCUGAAAGAGAUUGCAGUGCGAUAGGUACGAUUUGUUUUUUUUAUUAUUUCUUAUUGAAUUUUACGUAAAAAUCUAUACUCCUCUUUAUGUUAUGGUGUAUUAAAUAGGUAAAGAAACUAAAUACGUUUGCCACAUAGGUAUUAUGUUUCUAAUAAUACCAACUUACUUAGUGCCGUGUGGUUCCCGGCAAAAAAGAAUAGGACCACUCCAUCAUAAAGACAUAUUUUACAUCACUUACAUGAGAACAUAAAAAAAUAAGUUCGUUGUCACACUAAUAAACGAAAUAUAGGUAACAGCAAAAGUUCAGUAAACUGAGAUUAUGUGCUCGGCUAAUUGUCUCUUGAAUACAUCGAACGAGGUAAUAUUUUUGAUACAAGAGGGUAUCUUGUAAAAAAGGGCGCACCUUCGCACGUUAUUGUCGACUGGCCGUACCUAAUAUUUGGUUCGUGUCCUAGGCAAAAUAAUGAAGCUCCCGCGUCGAGUGCAGGUGCGUAAUAUCUACUUGUAGAAAAAUUGUAAACCCACGUAAGUAUAGUGUCCGACGGAGGAAAUCCAUUCUAACAUCAAAAAAAAGUCCAAAUCAUUUACACGCUAUCAUCUCCGAGCGUUAACAUAGGAGGAUCUGUAAAAAUAUUGUAAAUUUUUGUACAAAUGCUAUCAAUAAUAUUAAAUAAAUUACGUAGCCUAGUAGCAAUGGCUCAUAAAAAUGUAUAAUGCCAGUUUUAUAAGAUAACAAGUCUGAAAACGACCAAU